UUUGUUGGGACCGACGUGUAGACGCCGAGCGAGGAGCCGCUUGGGUCCUCCAGAUAGCCGGGGUUAAAGGACGGGAUUUAAAAUUGUCUUGGUGUUUUCUUCAUAGGGGCGGGAAGAUAGGCACCAUGUCGGGAUCUGCCUUGAAUGUCAUGCUGAAACUGACAUCGCUGAGGCUGCGUCCAUUUCCCGGGCUGAGCCGCGGGUAUCGAGCUCCGAGGGGGGUUUAUGGCUACAGACCACAACGCGAAGAGACUGUUAAUACAUUACCAAGAGAAGAACCCCCACUUCGAGUGGAUCAUGGUCUGCUCCGGCUUGUGACGGCUUAUCGUGAACAUGGUCACAAAGCUGCUCAAAUCAACCCUCUGGGGCAAGAUGUGCAAGAAGUUAUUCCUGAAAUUCAGAUCUUAACAGAAUCACUGCAGGGUCAUGAUCUGAUUUAUACGAAAGAUUUGUUGACCUUUGGGAAGGAUGAAGCUACUCUAGAUGAGGUGUUGGCCUACCUGGAUAAUGUGUACUGUGGACAUGUGUCAAUUGAGAUCAGUCAAUUGGAGACUAUGGCUGAGAGGGAAUGGUUCGCUCAAAGGUUCGAAGAAAUCAGGCGCGAAACUUUAACACAAGAAGAGAAGAGGCUUUUAGCAAAAUUGAUGCUGGAGUCUCAGGAAUUCGACCAUUUUUUGGCCACCAAGUUCUCCACUGUGAAACGCUAUGGUGGAGAGGGAGCAGAAAGUAUAAUGGGAUUCUUCAAUGAAUUGUUCCGACUGGCAGCACUCAAUGGAGUGACUGAUGUUGUGCUGGGAAUGCCCCAUCGAGGUCGCCUCAACCUACUUGCUGGGCUGUUGCAGUUUCCACCUGAGUUGAUGUUUCGAAAAAUGCGUGGAUUAAGCGAGUUUCCAGAAGGUUCUCCAGCCUGCGGAGAUGUCCUGUCUCAUCUCACAUCCUCCGUGGACCUGGAUUUUGGCCUUGACCAGCCGCUGCACGUCACCAUGCUCCCCAACCCUUCGCACCUGGAGGCCAUCAAUCCGGUUGCCGUCGGCAAAACUCGAGGCAGGCAGCAGUCUCGGCAAGAUGGCGAUUAUUCACCGAGUGUUUCUGCACGGCCCGGCGACAAAGCCAUUUGUGUACAGGUGCACGGUGACGCAUCCUUCCCAGGGCAAGGAGUGGUUGCAGAAACCUUCACUCUGUCUAAGCUGCCCCACUACAGAGUGGGUGGAAGUAUCCACCUAAUUGUCAACAACCAGUUGGGCUACACGACUCCUGCCGAGAGGGGUAAAUCUUCCCUCUACAACAGUGACAUUGGGAAGAUGAUUAAUUGUGCCGUUAUUCAUGUGAAUGGAGGUGAUGCAGAGGAUGUGAUUCGAGCCACACGAUUAGCAGUGGAAUAUCAGCGGCGCUUCCGGAAAGAUGUAAUUGUCGACCUCCUGUGCUACAGGCAGUGGGGCCACAAUGAGCUGGAUGAACCAACCUUUACAAACCCCACCAUGUACAAGAUCAUCAGAUCCCGUAGAAGUAUCCCUGACCAGUAUGCAGAGCAGCUAGUAGCAGACGGCCUCUUAACAGAACAGGAAGUUUUCAGCAUUAAAACUGAUUACUAUUCAAAGUUAAACAACCAUCUGACCAAUAUGACAUCCUUUUGCCCAGCUUCUCCAAAUCUCCAGGGCCAUUGGAGUGGCUUGAUGGAGCCAUCGUCCCAGAUCAGCACGUGGGACACUGGAAUGCCCAUUGAUUUAAUGAAGUACGUGGGGGCCAAGUCUGUUGACGUGCCUGGAGAAAUCACCAUGCAUAAUCACUUGAUGAAAACCCAUGUACAGUCUAGAUUACAGAGGCUGGAAGAGGGGACAAGGUUGGAUUGGUCCACAGCAGAAGCUCUGGCCAUUGGAACAUUGCUGUGUCAAGGUUUUAACAUACGACUAAGCGGACAAGAUGUUGGCCGUGGAACUUUCAGCCAGCGACACGCAAUGUUUGUUUGCCAGGAUACUGGGGACGUGUGUAUUCCACUCAACCAUAUCAGCCCGGAGCAAACGGGAUUCUUUGAGGUGUGCAACAGUCCGUUGUCUGAGGAGGCUGUAUUGGGCUUCGAGUAUGGCAUGAGCAUCGAGAGCCCAAGGAUCCUCCCAAUCUGGGAAGCCCAAUUUGGGGAUUUUUUCAACGGUGCCCAAAUUAUGUUUGACACCUUCAUCUCAAGCGGUGAGGCCAAGUGGCUCUUGCAAAGUGCGAUAGUGAUUCUCUUACCUCACGGAUACGAUGGCGCAGGCCCGGACCAUUCCUCCUGUCAUUUAGAACGUUUCCUGCAGUUGUGUGACAGCAAAGAAGAAGGCGUGGAUGGUGACAAUGUAAACAUGUCUGUGGUGCACCCGACUACCCCGUCACAGUACUUCCACCUACUGCGCCGACAGAUGAUUCGCAACUUUCGGAAGCCCCUUGUGGUGGCCUCUCCGAAAAUCCUACUUCGCCUCCCUGCUGCAGUCUCUGGCCUGGAUGAAAUGGCACCUGGAACCACCUUUAAACCUGUCAUAGGAGAUGAAUCAGUUGAUCCAAAAAAUGUGACGCGGGUGGUAUUCUGCUCUGGAAAACACUAUUACACGCUGCUUAAACACAGAGAGACAUUGGAAGCUGCACAGAACACAGCACUGGUCAGGGUAGAAGAACUCUGUCCCUUCCCACUACAACAACUUCAGCUGCAUAUGGAGAGAUUCAAACAUGCAAAAGAGUUUGUAUGGAGUCAAGAAGAGCCGCAGAACAUGGGCCCAUGGUUUUUUGUAUCCCCCAGAUUUGAGAGACAGUUAGGAUGCAAGCUGAAGCUGGUAAGUCGGCCAGCUCUUGCCGUUCCUGCAGUUGGCAUUGGAACGCUUCACCAGCAACAAAAUCAAGACCUCCUCAACAAAACCUUCUCCUAAGGGGAACUGUUAAAAAUGUCUCUGCUCUUCUCAACUACUAGAGAGAAACUACAACUUAACUUUCUUCAAAACUGUUAUUACUUCACCUGGUUUCUUUGUGAGGGCUUGGAUCUUUAAUAAUGAAACUGUGACAAUAUUCUUUUCUGUCACUGUUGAAAUAAGGAUUAAAUACUAUGGCAUUGAUAAAGAGUGAGAUGUUUAGAAUGAAUUAGAUUGCUUGACGUGUACCUAAUGUCUAGUUUCAAAGCGGUUUCAUGUUUCUUGUCAGACUGAGUAGCUUCUUCAUUUACACAAAAUGCUGGAGAAACUCUGCAGGUCAGGCUGAGACCCAUCAUUAGGACGUCAACACUUUAUUCCUUUCCGUAGAUGCUUGACCUGUUGAGUUCCUCCAGCAGUUUGUGUGUGCUACUCUGGAUUUCCAGCAUCUGCAGAAUCUCUUGUGUUUGAGCUUCUGUAGUUGAUGCAUGGAGUGUAGGGUGCUGUGUUCAUGUAUACCUCAGCCAGCAGUUCUGCAAGCAUGGUGCUGCUCUGCUACUGAACAGCCAGUGGCAAUGUGCACAAUGCACACACUUUGUAGAAAUUCUUCAUGCCUCAUUUAAAUUGACCUGUCACAGUUACUUUGUUUGGGAACCCAAAUUAUGCCCUCUUGUGUUAGCCAUUUCCACCCUGGGAAAAAGGUGCUGGCUGUCCUCUCUGUCUAUGUCCCUAAUUAUCUUGUACACCUCUAUCAAGUCACCUUUCAGUUCACCUUUGCUCCAAAGGGAAAAGCCUUGGCUCACUCAACCUUUCCUCAUUAAACGUGCUAAUCGAGGCAGUGUCCUGGUAAAUCUCCUCAGUGCAGUCUCUAAAACUUCUACACCCUUCCUAUAAUGAGAUCAGAACUUGGUGUGGUCUAACCAGGGUUUUUCAGAGCUGCAGCAUUACCUUGUGGCUGUUAUAGAGUACAGGUGGGAGGGAGUGAACUUGACUUUAAAUCUGGACACAGAAGUUUCACAACAUGGGGUUUAAACAUGAACACUGUAUCAAGGGCACAGAAUAUUGCCUGUGGGGUUGGGGGAGGAAUGGGCAACUGUGGUGUCUUGUACUUUGAGCAGCUUUAUCACCACUGACCGAGUUGGCAGAGUUCCUGAAGGCCAGAGUUGGCUGACUGGCUCUGUGGCACUUAGUGAGUGAACCAACACACGUGAAAAACCUACUAGUAGCCCUCCUCUUCUCAAGUCUGUCUGUGGCUGACUGCGCCGUCUGCGAUUACACUGGUUGAACAAACUCCACGUGCCUAUUUGCCUGAUUUACUACUUCUGGCUGUGAAAACAGCAGAAUCUUUUAUUGUCCUUAUUCAGACAAUUUAAAAGCUAUUUAUAUAUGCUGAAUUAAAAAAAUCUAUUGAUUGAUCAUCUUCCUUCCAUCAGAAAUGGUUGUCUUUGUUGUGCAUAGGUUUAUAAGUUUUAUAAGAGUCCUAAGCAUGAAAACAGGCCCUUUAGACUAACUGGUCCAUGCCAAUCAAAAUGACCAUCUAGUUAGUCCCAUUUGCCCUCUUUGAGCUCAUAUCCCUCUAAACUUUGUUUGUUCCUGUACUGGUCCUUUCUAUAAUGAGGUGACCUGAUUAGACCACUUCAUGUGGUCUAAUCAGAGCUGCUACACUUCCUUAAUCACUUUCCCAGCUGCUCAUUCUGCCUCUGGACCCUCCUCUGAGUGAAAACAUUGCCCAACGGGCUCCUGUUAAAUCUAUCCUCUCUAUGCCCUGGUUGUUGAUUCCCCAACCCUGGGAAGAAAAAGUCUGUGUACUCACCCCCUCUAUGCCUCCCUAAUGGUUUUGUAGACCUCUAUAAGAUCACCCCUCAUUCUUUUACAUUCCAAUGCAUAAAGUCCUAGCCAACUGAACCUCUCCCC